AUGGCGAGAGUGCCGUUCGCGCCACUGGACAACCCGCGUCUCCAGCAUCUUGCCAGUGCUAAGAAUCGCCAGAAUGGUAGGCAGGACGUGGCGAAGCAGAAUGAAAAGACCAUCACCAAGCCCAGCACAAACAAGCGUUCUUUCGAACCUUCCACAUUCGACGAUUUCGACGCCGAAAAUGUCGACCCGGCAAUGUUUGAUUCUCCUCCAAAGAAGUCCAAGAGCGAUGCUGCAAAGCCGUUUACUUUCAGUCUGACUUCUGCCAAAUCAAUGCCGCCACCAUCUGCCUUUCCAUCACGCAUGGCGACACCUGUUAGGGCCAACAUUUCGUCUCCACGCACGCCAUUGACCGCUCCAGCUGGACGUUCCCCAAAGCGCAAGAUUGCAGGACUGAAGCAGAAUCGACGUGUGUCUGCACCCUUCUCACGUAUCGAUCCGCCUUCGUUCGCUUCUCGUGGUGUCUCGACUCUGCCGUUCAGUCUUGACGCUGCUCUGAGCGGGACCGCGUCUACUCCUCCCGUGACCAAGAGUGCCGGUGCCACGAUCCAGGAAAGCAUGCCUAAGAACUGGUUCUUCGACAUCUACGAGGACACUCCCGAGGAGGAGGCUGCGAAUCUGAUGGAGCACAGCACGUUGACGCUCGACCUCAGCUCGGACGACGAGGGUGUCGUGAAGCAGAAGGAUGAUCGUGGAAAGGAGAACACUCCGCCUGAAGGUUACGAUGCGCCAACGGCUUCGCGAUCGCCAGUCGAAGGUGUCGCUCCACGUCAGAUCAAGAAGACGGAUAUCGUGAGGAAGAAGAUUGUGGUGGAUGAGAUGGAUGACGGUGCUCGCUCGCCACUGAGCGAUCUCGAGACCGAGCCUUUCAUUCCUGAGGGCUUGACUAAGGACUCUCAUGUCAUCGUCGAUGGGGAGGCUGAGAAGCCGAAGGGGCUUGGGAUGGAUUUGAAGGAUCUCUUCGCUACGCCGGCUGAGAAGAAGGAGGAAGUUGUCGACAUGCUUGUUGUUGACGGUAAGGGAGAUGUGAAGGGCGAGAUCCUCGUGUGGGAAGAUGCUUGA